UUUCUACAGUUUAAAUAGGAAUGUCUAGGUGUAGUUCUUGGCAUUUAUCUUUCUUAAUGUUCUCAGAGCUUCCUAGAUUGUGGUUUGGUGUUUGGCAUUAAUUUGGGAAUAUUCAUUCUCAGUCGUUAUUGUUCCACAUAUUUCUUCUGUUCCUCUCUUUCUUGUCCUUCUGGUAUUCCCAUAUAUUUUUAAUAUGCAUUUAAUGUAAUGAAUUUUUUUAAACAAAAUAUAACUUAGGACCCAGGCAUGGUGGUGUGCACCUGUCUCAGCUACUUGGGAGGCUGAAGUUGAGGGUAGCUUGAGCCCAGGAGUUUGAGGUUGUAGUGUGCUGUGAUGACACCUGAGAAUAGCCACGGCACUCCAGCCUGGGCAACAGAGCAAGACCCACCCCUAAAAUUUAUGUGUGUGUAUAUAUACAUAUAUAUGAUUUGUAUGAUUUUCCUUAUUAUACGUUUAUAGCUAUAUAUGUAUGUAUAGAUACAUAAACAAAUAUAUAUAUAUAUAUAUAUAUAUGAAUGAAUUAACCUUGUGAGGGAAGUAUUAUCACUUUUUUUUUUUUGGAGAAGAGGUAGCCAAGGCUCUGAGAGGUCACGACACACGCAUGAGGUCACACAGCGCGUCUGGAAUUCCAUUUCAAGCCUGUCUGAGGAGGGCGCUCUCGCUGUUCCUUUGCCUGGUCUUAUGUCCCCAGGUGUGUAAUAUGAGGUAAGACCCAGGGUCUGCGGCCGGGAGUCCCGGCCUAAGGCGAGCGCAGUCUCCAGCCGCCCCACCCGCGGCUGGGGGCUCUGCGCAGGGAGCACGGCCGGCAGGGGGGAAGAGGCGUGCGGUAGGCAGCAGCCGGGAUGGAGGGAAGGGUCGGGGUUCGCCACCCGCCUGUGCGCGCCCAGUCCUACCGUGUCCUGGGUGCGCGCCGCGCACCUGCGGGGCGAGUGCCCAGGAAGCGCGGCCGGGUGCGCCAGGGGUAGCUCCCCCGGGAGCGUUGUGGGUGGGGCUCGCCGAGCCCGCCUCCCCGCCUCCCCCGGCGGCGCCCCAGGCUGCAGUGUUGUGGGCGCUGGGUUAUAAAAUGCCGGGUUAAGCAGCGACUCAGACUUAGGAUCCCGCUCACGACAUGGCCUCGGGCGCUCGGUUCCCGCCGCAACCGUCGAGCUCAGAAGUCAGCGCAGUCCAGAGCCCAGGCGGGCGUCCAGGCGCCCAUCUGGAGGAAGCAGCCCUGGGCGUUCCUCUCCCGCGGUCUCCGGGGGAGGCCCCUCUGCCCCCGAGCACCCGGAGCAGGUGCCCUGGGACCAGCCAGGCCGGAGCGGCUUCCCUCCACGCUGCGUCCGCGACAGUCCGCCUGCGGCCCCGGCGUAAUACGGCCCCGGCCGGGAGAACCACAGACCCGGUGCCCGCAGCCGCCCCAGAGCAAGCUCCGCGGCCCGCUCCACAGUCCCCCAAGCCGCGAAACCUGGAAGGCGUCCUCGACGAGCGCCGGCUGCUCUGCCACUUGCAGCUGGCCCAGGACCGCGAGGCGCGCCUGUGGCGGGGCGGCAAACCCCAGCGGGAUGAAAUCUGCAAUGCCUUCGAGGGAGUCGUGCUGUGGCUCCUGCGGCUUCAGAACAUCUUUUACUUCUCCCAAUCCACUUUUAACCUGGCCCUCACCAUCUUCAGCCGCCUCCUGAUAUCAGUGAAGGUAAAAGAGAAAUACCUACAUUGCGCCACAAUUACUUCCUUGAGGCUUGCUGCAAAAGUUAAUGAAGAACAGGAGUUUAUUCCACAGGUAAAAGACUUCAUAAAGCACUAUGGCUCUGACUAUUCCCCGAAUGAGCUGCUAAGGAUGGAGCUGGCUAUUCUGGACAGACUGCACUGGGACCUCUAUAUUGGGACGCCGCUGGACUUCUUGACUAUAGUGAGUAAGGAGGCGUUUACAGAGUCUACCCUAAACUCAUUUGUGCCUUUGGAACAGCUGUUUACAACAUAGGACGGCAAAGCACAGGCGUGCACACGCCCUUGCACAUGCACCACAGUGAGGUGACCCACAAGGCUCACGACGUACGGGAGAGUGAAAAGGUAUCUUAAAUCCAACACAGUUCCACCAGACUCCCACUUCUAAAGGACAUUAAAUUAACUUUACAAAGAUUUUUAGACGGCACUAUUAUGGUGAGUUUCUCUUUUAAAUACACACUGCAAAAAUAUUUAACUUUCCAUUCUAUGAAUACUGUACAUAAAUAUCUGUCUGCUUUUGCUACACUUUACACACAUUCACUUAGCUGUCUUUAUUCACCUACACACAAUCCUUAUUGAGGCUUUAGACCAUAUUGAUCUGGCACUUAAAAAAAUAUCAUACAUUAGUUUGUAUUUGUUUUAGUUGGGGGAAUGAUGGUCAUCCUUAAGGAUAUGAUUCUGUUAGUAAGGCAAAUUAUGCAAUGUGGAAAUCUCAUGGGGUUUUGGUUUGUUAUGAGGCAUGAAGAUUAAAUUACUAAGGGCUGUUUCAUUAUGAAAACUGGCCACUGUUGCCAAGUUGCAGAGUUUCUUAUGAUAAGCAGAUACAAGUAACUUUUCUGCUA